CCCGUACUCGCAAUCAGAUCGGCUGUAGGUACAGGUAUUCCCACCAUCCACCUCGACAACUACACGCGGCCACCACAUCUUUUCCCACGAUCAAAUAUCUCACGGACCUCUCCUUCAACGAAAUCCGCCUAAUCGGCCUUGUCGCCCGUCCGCCAACCGAGUCGACUAAUUUCCCCCGUUCUACAACCACCACACACCGUCAUAAAUGCCCAAAGUAAAGCGCGGGAGGAAGCCUCCACCGGAAGGGUGGGAGCUGCUGGAGCCGACGUUGAAUGACUUGCAGGCUAAGAUGCGUGAAGCCGAAAACGAAUCCCACGAAGGCAAACGCCGUGUCGAAUCCCUGUGGCCCGUCUUCCGUCUACACCACCAACGCUCGCGCUACAUCUACGACAUGUUCUACCGGCGCAAAGCCAUCUCGCGCGAGCUGUACGACUACUGCUGCAAAGAAGGCUACGCGGACGCCAACCUGAUUGCCAAAUGGAAGAAGCCCGGGUACGAGAAGCUGUGCUGCUUGAGGUGCAUGCAGCCGAGGGAUACGAAUUUUGGGACGACGUGUGUGUGUAGAGUGCCCAAGAAGAAGAUCGGGGAGGAUAAGCCGAUUGAGUGUCAGCAUUGUGGAUGCCGGGGAUGCGCAUCAGGAAGCUAGUAGUAGCUCCCCAUAUAUACAAACAAUUUUGCGCUUCCACCCCUUCUUACCGACCUUCCGAUUGUACAUACUAUCACUCCUCCCGCCUCGCCACGUAUGCCAGACGACCCGAUGUUUAUAUAUAAACGAAAAAUAUGUAUUUAUGAUAUCCCAAAAACGAG